CGCACUUGCUUGUCCACUCAGCUGCAGACAGGCCUUUGGGAGGCUUCCACCUUUUGGGGAUUGUGAUGGCUGCUUCUGACCUGCACCUCGCCCAGAGCCAGGGGCUGGUGGAGCCCAGUAGGUGCCUUGUUCCUCUUUGGCCUGGGAGGGCCCUGGGGUUGAGGGAGGGCCUGAUCAGUGGGAUCCAGCCUCCCACUGCCACUGGGCCAUCUGGCCUCAUCUGUCUGACUGCCACUGGUGAACUCAUCUGUCCACCAUGAGUUUCGAGCGCCGAGUGGCAGGAGGUUUGCGGGCAGGGGAUGGACUGUUCACAUCUUCAGGGUGCACAGUCUAUGCUGGUCCUUGCAGGCCCCGGCUAAAGCUUCCGCCGUCCGUAAGGGGUUCAGUAUGUAGUCGGACCCCUUUGCUUGUGCCUUAGGCCUUCUGUGAUCUGACCUGUCGUCCUCACCCACCACCCAUGCCCUGGGGUUUCACUGGGCUGCCAAGAGCUCCUUCCUCAGGCCCUUGACCCAGGCUGUCUGCCGUCCCCCAUUCUCUCCCUGUCCACCUGGCCAGCCACUGCCCACUCCCUCCCAUCAGGCCAACUCAGCGGUCCCGGCUGCUGGGAAUCCCACACUGCCCCAGACUGAGGCUACAGUGUGUUUGCGAAUCGCCUGUUUCUGCUUGUUUCGUCUUGGUGGGUGGGGGCUGCUCCUGUGGCCCAGGGGUGUCCUCCCAGCUCCUGUGUCUCCAUGUGCUGCAGGCCUGCAGGGGUGCCCGUGGCUGCGCCAUUCACGCCCCUCCAGGAGCCCAGUCUGGCCCGGGGUCAGUCAUCCGGCAACCAUGGGGUGCCGCUAGGUCUGAGGAAAGGGGCCUAACCCUGCGGGCUGCGUGCUCUACAGCAGGACCCCCUUACCAAAACCCGAGGCCUGGCUCAGCGCCAAGGCGCAGCCCCCAGGCCAGGCCCUCCCCGCCUCUGAAGUCACGACCCCUCUCCUCUGGAGCUCCACCUGCCUGUGAGGAGGGGUCAGCAGGACCGGACCGGAGUGGGAGGGAUGUGGCCAACAGGCCCAGGUCCCAGUGUUAGGAAGGACCAGGCCCGACCGCCCCCGCCCGAUGGGGGCGAGGCGGAGCCACCAGGUGGACCACCUUCCCUACUGCCACCCCGAGGUUCCAGUGGACAUCAAAACCCCGGCUCCAUCAAGGGCUCCAGGACUCCGAUCGGGACGGCGCGGGGGGCGAGGCCAGGGUGAGGGCGCGGCGAAGGGGCGACGCACAGCACGGGGCGGGCAAGGAGCCUCCCUUCCGUGCCGAGGCCCCCCCAACCCCCGAGGCGCUUGGACCGUGGGAGAGUCCUCUGGCGGCGCCCGGGCUCCGGCCCCGCCCCAUCCCCGCCCCGCGCCUGCUGUUGGCGGAAAGUUCAGGGCCGCGCCGCGAUUGGCCGACACGCCACAGGCCCCGCCCCCUACCCGACCCGCUCCAAGACGGCCCGGGCUCUGGGGCUGCGCGGCAGGCGGAGCGGCCGCGGGCUUGGGGGCUUCGCCGGGGCCGGGCGGCCGGCGCCCCCGGCUGCUCCCGCCGCCGCCCGGACCCGCGCCCCGCCGGGGCAGCGGUGGUGAGAGCCCCGACUCCCCGGACGCCGCCCGCCGCGCCAUGGGGUUCCCGGCCGCGGCGCUCCUCUGCGCGCUGUGCUGCGGCCUCCUGGCCCCGGCCGCCCGCGCCGGCUACUCCGAGGAGCGCUGCAGCUGGAGGGGCAGCGGCCUCACCCAGGAGCCCGGCAGCGUGGGGCAGCUGGCCCUGGCCUGUGCGGAGGGCGCGGUUGAGUGGCUGUACCCGGCUGGGGCGCUGCGCCUGACCCUGGGCGGCCCCAAUCCCAGAGCGCGGCCCGGCAUCGCCUGUCUGCGGCCGGUGCGGCCCUUCGCGGGCGCCCAGGUCUUCGCGGAACGCGCAGGGGGCGCCCUGGAGCUGCUGCUGGCCGAGGGCCCGGGCCCGGCAGGGGGCCGCUGCGUGCGCUGGGGUCCCCGCGAGCGCCGGGCCCUCUUCCUGCAGGCCACGCCGCACCGGGACAUCAGCCGCCGCGUGGCCGCCUUCCGCUUUGAGCUGCGCGAAGACGGGCGCCCCGAGCUGCCCCCGCAGGCCCACGGUCUCGGCGUAGAAGGUGCCUGCAGGCCCUGCAGUGACGCUGAGCUGCUCCUGGCCGCAUGCACCAGCGACUUUGUAAUUCAUGGGAUCAUCCAUGGGGUCGCCCAUGAUGUGGAGCUGCAGGAGUCUGUCAUCACCGUGGUGGCCGCCCGGGUCCUCCGCCAGACACCGCCGCUGUUCCGGGCGGGGGGAUCCGGGGACCAGGGGCUGACCUCCAUUCGUACCCCCCUGCACUGUGGCGUCCGCCCGGGCCCAGGCACCUUCCUCUUCAUGGGCUGGAGCCGCUUUGGGGAGGCCUGGCUGGGCUGUGCCCCACGAUUCCAGGAGUUCCGCCGUGCCUACGAGGCUGCCCGUGCUGCCCACCUCCACCCCUGUGAGGUGGCGCUGCACUGAGGGGCCGGGUGCUGGGGAGGGGCUGGUAGGAGGGAGGGUGGGGGGCCCACUGCUUUGGAGGUGAUGGGGACUAUCAAUAAGAACUUUGUUCACACAAGCUGCUGUGGACCUGGUCUCCUGUGUCCAGCCCAGCCUUGGGCCUGCCUUGCAGCUGUGAGGAUGGCUCCAAUUCCUGCCUCCCAGCGGGAGAGUGAGGCUCAGGGGAAUGGUAUCUUGUUCAAGACCAUUUGGCAACUGAGAGGGAGAGCAGAUGUCAGGAGGAGCUACACCCACAUUCCGGGGAGGGGCCGCUGCCGGGUGGGGGGCACAUGGGGACCUGCACUCAUGCAAGCUUCUGCUCUGCUGCGUCCACCAGCCCCGUCCUCGCCCACACCCUUGCCCGCUUCCCUGGCUGGCUCCCACUUGCCUCCUGUGCCAGGUGCUUCUGGGGCUCAGCAGGAGAGGAAAGGGGCAGAGGAGCACAGGGUCCCUCGGGUACGGUGGGGGCAGGCGGGCGCACAGCGCUCUGGCUCUGAGCCAGGCCUGUGAGGGAAGGGGCUGCAGGCUGGCAGGGUGCCGACUUCCCCCGUGGCCGCUGUGAGCCCGCAGAGUCAUCCUUGGCCCCGUCCCGCCCUUGGGGAAGAAUGGGCCCCUCUGUCCUCAGGCCCCUUCGACGUGCUGAGCAUCCAGACGUGGCGAGGAGCCCGGAGGGUGUGGGGUCCCCUCUGCAGGGUCCUGCUUGUGCCCAUUUCCGGCGGGCGGGGUGCACAAUGGGGUCUCUAAGGACCGUUUCCCGCCACUGGCCCCAUUGUCACUGUCUCCGCCUUCCUCCUUGGCCUUUCAGCUGCAUAAAGGGCCAGUGAGGUUUGGGACAGCCACAGCCCAAGGCCCCGAGGCUAAAAGCCCCUGGAUGGGGGUGUUCCGGGACCCCUGGCCCUGUGCGAGCUGCCUCCUCUCACCCCAGCCCCUCGGAUCCUGGGAAGGAGACAGCCACGGCUCAAGGGCCAGGGACCCCUGGGCUGAGCCCCAGAAAUGGCUUUCCAUUCUCGCCUGGGCCAGGGGUGGGGGUGGAGGCCAGAGGCCCUGCCCAGGCAGACGAAGUCCCCAGCUUUCAAGGGGGAAACAGGCUGUGUGAGGGACACAGCUGUGCAGGGCCCACAGACACGGUCGUUUCUCCAGGUUAGCAGAUGCAGAUGCUUGAUGAGUGCCAUGCUCUCUGUGGACACCUGGGGGGUCACCUCCAGCGCCGCCCUGGGACGUCCACAGGGCAGGUUGUCUGAAAGCUGCACGUGCAAGGGGCUUACCCUUUCACACAGAUCACCUGCCUGCUGAAGGGCUGAUGAGGAUAGGUGAGGAGCGCAGCUGCUGGGCGUCAUGCACUGUGGGGGUUCUCCCACCUUCUGCCCCUCCUCAGGUUCCCUGCUGCUUCUCUCCUCUCCCCAGACUCCUAACUGUGGCAUGCUGAGGGCUCAGGCACAGGACCGCUCCUCUGGGGCCCACAGCCUUACAUCCAUCUGCCCCCAGCCCAAACACUUCCGCAAAGACUAGAGCAGGAGGCAGCCCGUGUGCCCUCUGCGCCACCUCCUCCACUUCUGUCUUGGAUAGGCUUUCCCAUGGGCCGAGCAACCCCCUCACCUUUGGCACCUGCCCUGAUUCUCUGGCCAGCUUCCUACAACCUCUCCUCUUCAGCCACACCCAAGUCCACCUGUUCACAAACACCCUGGGCUGGGCCCUGGCCGAACCCUGGCUUCUACCCACCUGUCUCAGAAGUGCCUGAGCCUUGCACCUACAGACCCUCCCAGAGAAAGCCCUGGCUUUGCAACCACCUGUCUUCUCAUGAGACACAGGCAGACGCAGGGCCACAGGAGUGCCACGGUGCCUGAAUGGGUCUUGGAGCAUUAGACCAGGGGCUUCAUGCCUGCCCUGGGGAUGGGUGGCCAAAGUGGCAUGGGAGAUAGGGAGACGGUGUGGGUGAGCACGUGGGCAGGAGCUACAGGAGCCUGGGGCCUGUGGAUCAGACACCUCCAGGCAAGUGCCAGUUCACACAGGUACAGGUGGCUGCAGAGUGCCCGAAGGCCAAGAAGCAGAGUGCCUGGUGUGGACGCAAGAAGAGUGGGGAGGCCGGGCGCGGUGGCUCAUGCCUGUAAUCCCAGCACUUUGGGAGGCUGAGGCGGGCGGAUGACGAAGUCAGGAGAUGGAGACCAUCCUGGCCAACAUGGUGAAACCGUCUCUAAUAAAACACAAAAAAUUAGCC